CACCCGACGUGUCAGUGCGUGUUUUGCAGCGCGGGUCCUGUAGAGAGCAGUAGAUAGUUUUAAUAAGUGCGGCUCCUCUUACUGUACAGCACACAGUGCAGCGGAGGGAGGAGCGACAGCGUACUGUUUCUUUUUUGGUUCUUUCCACUCCACACGCAUACACACGCGUUGCAGGUCGUCCAAACGUAACUGUAGGACAACAAAACAGGAAUCAAACUAGGAAGCGUCGUUGGAAAGCGGACAGGAGAGUCCGCUUUUAAACGGUACGAGGCUCAACAGUAGUGGCCAGGCGGAGGACUGGCGCUCGGGAGAGCGGAGGUGGGGGGGUGGGGGAGAGCCAUCCAGCCCUGCCGUUACACACUUUCUACAGCAACCAGGAGGAACCCGGCUGACUUUUUUCCUCCCGCUUCGUCUCCGCCUCAUGACCCAAUUCCCAGAACAACGUGGGGUCCACGGCGCGCGGGGAAACUGUGGGACGAGUUUGCAGAGACGUUGGCUGGUACGAAGGCUGGGAUCGAAAAUAGAGGAGCAGCUCUGAAGUGAAGGCAGUUGGCAACCAAGGACAGAAACGAGGUGGACGACACGUCGGAGGGGCGUGGGAAUCACUAACCGCACGCACGUACAGUAUGAUUGGGUGUCUCCCAUUCCUCCUUCCGUCUGCCUAAGAGCGACGUCCACCUCCAGCCCUGGCUGCAGGGCCAGCAGAUUUACCCCCGCGGUUUCCCCAACCUCUUCUGUGUCCUGAAGCUUCACACCCAGCAACAACCUCACAGGGGGUCAACCCCCCCUCACCCCCUACCCUCCGCCCUCCACGGCUCCCCUCCCAGGUACUCCAGGGACGAGACGACUCUGUGCUUUACAGACAGACCCCUCCGGACCGUCGAAUGACGAGCGUGCUUCGGAGGGCGGGGCUUGCCUCAGUCUCUCAUGAUUGGCUGCUGGAUGGAAUUGAGGUGAAUGGAACACAUGCCCAAGGAGCAGGACUCUAACCCAUCAGAGGGAGAAGAGAAACAGUGGCUCAAUGGCCCUAAGAGGAAGAGGAAGAACAGCCAAUGUUCGGUGAAGAGUAUGACUGGGUACAUCCCCAGCUACCUCGAAAAGGAUGAGCCAUGUGUGGUGUGUGGCGACAAGGCCACAGGGUACCACUACCGCUGCAUUACCUGCGAGGGCUGCAAGGGUUUCUUUCGUAGGACCAUUCAAAAGAACCUCCACCCCACCUACUCCUGCAAGUACGAUGGCUGCUGCAUCAUUGACAAGAUCACCCGCAACCAGUGCCAGCUGUGUCGCUUUAAGAAGUGCAUCUCAGUGGGAAUGGCCAUGGACUUGGUCCUGGAUGACUCAAAGCGUGUGGCUAAACGGCGCCUUAUUGAGGAGAACAGGGAGAAACGCAAAAAGGAGGAGAUGGUGAAGUCCCUGCAGACCCGUCCAGAGCCCACUGUGGCCGAAUGGGACCUGAUCCGGCUGGUGACAGAGGCCCAUCGGCAUACCAACGCUCAGGGCGCACAGUGGAAACAGAACCGCAAAUUCCUGCCAGAGAAGAUUGGCCAAUCUCCGGUUGCCCCGACGUCCGACGGAGACAAGGUGGACCUGGAAGCCUUCAGCGAAUUCACCAAGAUCAUCACCCCUGCCAUCACCAGAGUAGUCGACUUUGCCAAAAAACUGCCCAUGUUCUCUGAGCUGCCUUGUGAAGACCAGAUCAUCUUGUUGAAGGGCUGCUGCAUGGAGAUCAUGUCGUUGCGUGCAGCAAUCCGUUAUGACCCCGAAAGCGAGACGCUGACGCUGAGCGGGGAGAUAGCUGUGAAGCGUGAGCAGCUGAAGAACGGAGGGCUGGGUGUGGUGUCUGACGCCAUCUUUGAUUUGGGCAAAAGCCUGGCGCAGUUCAACCUGGACGACACGGAAGUGGCGCUUCUGCAGGCUGUGCUUCUCAUGAGCUCAGAUCGCUCAGGCCUGACGUCUGUGGACAAGAUAGAGAAGUGCCAGGAGACGUACCUGCUGGCAUUCGAACACUACAUCAAUUACCGCAAGCACAACAUUCCCCACUUCUGGCCCAAACUCCUGAUGAAGGUGACGGACCUGCGGAUGAUCGGUGCAUGCCACGCCAGCCGUUUCCUUCACAUGAAGGUGGAGUGUCCCAACGAACUGUUCCCGCCGCUUUUCCUCGAGGUCUUCGAGGAACAGGAAGUGUGACACGUGCAGAUGCCAGCAUGUGCAAUGGGAAACAGGAAACAGGAGAUGGGCUAAGCCACAGAGACACAUGGAGAGUCUCAUCGGCAGGAAUUUGCGUUUCUCCGACAUCAAAUUCACAGUUUGUGGUUACAAAGAAACUGGAUAUAACCGGAAAGAAAACACACACCAGCAACAGGAGAAUGGAACAAGAACCUCCUCCCUCUCUUUCUUACACCAUCUCCUGUUUAAACAUCCGUGUGGGGGCCCUUCUGUCUGAGCAAGCUGUUUUAUCCAGAAAGAGUUGUUGCCAUUUGCCAAGACACAUCCACAAACACAUAAAAACACUCACACACAGAGCCACAGCUUGUUUCACCUCAGUUCUUCAGGGCAGCGUUGUUUGUGGGGAUCAGGUUCCCCUCCUUGUUUCCUUUUUUUUUAAUGCUUCUCGCAGUGCUCACGUUUUGAAGCAGCCUCAGAGCUGGUCAGAAUCUUUCAGUAUUAUUUCUGAACAAGUGUUAAAACAGUAGUUCAGAAAACACAGCCUAAUUUCUCACAGUCAUGUGAGCAGUCAGCAAACACUGCGAGCUAAAAUUUCCUGUUUUUUUGUUUGUUUUUUUUCUCCACAUUUCUUUGGUGUGCAAUGGCGCCGAUGGAAGCAAAAGCAACUGGACUCGGCUGCCAGGUAAUCAACUCAAUCUGAGCCGUUACUGCUGUCUUGUUGUUUUGUUUUGGAGCUGCUCCUCCUCUAAGAUCCCACUGAAACAGGUGCUAUAUUUAUAUAAAAAAAGGCUAGUCCAGUUUGAUGAAAAUGUUCUGUCAGCCUUUAAAAAGGCGGCAGACCAUAUUUACUUUUUUUUUUUUUUUGUCAUUGGACCGGCUCCUGUGACUCAUACACAUACAAACAAACAUACAUACGUACAUACAUACAUAUGUGCAGGCAGUCACUGUCUGUUCAUACCGUCGUAUGAAUGACAAUGAAGCGCUUCUCUCUCCAAGGAGUUACGACUCUGAAAGAAGGAAAGGAAAAAUGAGAUGGGAGGAGGGAGAGAUUCCCUUUGAGAAGCAGAAAAAGGAGGAGCGAAGGCAGGGAGAGGAAAUGCGUUGUAAUACCCGGACUGGGGUCAGAAGUAAAUCUUCUGCACCCCGUCUGCCUCUGUCUUCAUUUGACACACACAUUUAUAUGAAAACACACAACUUCACCUCAGAGUAACAUAAAUGCCUCAUUUUACUGUACACACUGCACGACAGUGUGGAUUUAAAGCCCUAAUCCGUAGGGUUUCUACAGAGUCCUCUCCUCAUGGACUCAGCUCAGUGUGGCCCCUCCAGGCUUCCAUACACACUUGCCUUUUUUUAAAAAAAAAGAAAAAAAGAAAAAAAGAAAUGAAUCUAUGGGAGUCACUGAGAGUAGGCAAAAAGGCCAAGAAGGCUACCAUUUACCUCAAAUACGGACACACCCCGAGGAUGGGGCGGCCAUGCUGCCCCACGGUGUCAGGCACUACCUCACCUCUGUGGACACAGGGCAGCUGCCCACAGCCAGACGUACACCAUUCAACUGGUUCAUAUGUGGACUAACACAAAAGUUCAGACUUUUCUUUUUGUUGUUGUUGUUUUGCAUAGCGGCACAAAAACACUCAAAGAACACACACAGACACACAUUUAACUCUCUCACUUGGUUCUAAUGAAAAACUGUACAAAAAGACAGGAGGGCCGACCACCCUUCCCCACCCUGCAGGGGGGGAGUGGUACCCAUCACAUUCGGAUCAUCUCGUGUUCUGUUAUUUGGGACCAAGCGACAUCCUUUCACCCCCCUCUGUAAAAACAGAAACUGACUUACAGGAGCAACCAAUGAAUGGUGGGCACCCCCAACUUAGACCACCUCUGAGAGCAAGCAAGAGGAGCAGACGAGGCACAGGAAGCAAGCGUCCAUGAUGGCCUCCCAGAUGGCCUCCCCCGCUGAAUUAGCACACAGAGACCGGGCGUCUGCAAACGAGUGACUUUCCACAGCUCGCCCAUGAUUUCUGCCACUGGAUAUAGAACAAAACAGGAUAUCUGUGAUUGAUGGUCACCACAUUAGAUUUACAAUCAUGGGAAAAAGAAAGUUUCUAACAAGGUCACUGUCAUUUUAAUUUCAAAAUUUGCGCCAUCCACUCAGACAUUUGAGAGGCUUUAAAUAGUUCAUAGUCCUAAGCGCCCUUUUCUGCUAUAUUGAUUUUUGAUGUAAAAAAAAAAAAUAUUUAUUUGAUAUUUGUCCAGUGACCAGUGUUGAUUUCCACCUUUGAUCAGUACAGUGAUAGAAAAAAAACUACAUUUAAUGAUCAACUGUAGGAUUUAUUAGUUUCUCUAAUCACUGUAGAUUAUCCUCCACUUUUCAUUACAGCAAAAUAUUUCCUGUUGAGUUUGGUGUUUCUGUCCCGUUGAGUCCAAAUUUCAGCCAUGCUCCUGCUGUCGGAGAGAAUAAUUCUUAUUUCACUCUACAAUACAUUGUUUUAUAGAGGAAUAUAUGAUCAAGCCGCCUUUUUACUGAGACAGCAAAUCGAGGCCAAAUCAUCCCCCUUCCACCACUGUGCUUGUGAGUUGGUGAAGGACUUUGUUCCUGAAGUCUUACGAUUCAUUGCUGACCAGGAACCCUAAGUCAUGCCACUGUAAUUUGAUAUUGCUAUAAAACUUAACAUUUAAAAUGCUCAUUGGGUUUUCACAGUUCUUACGAGUAUUGCAUAUUUUCAUUUUGGGGCGGAAUUUGUUUUUAACUUUGGGCAGUUUACAAGUUUAAAUCAUGUUCAUAAACUCAGAGUAGAAUGUUCAGAAAUGGCCUUAUAGCCAUCCCUACAUUGGCGGCACCAACAGUUCCUUCCAUAAACUCUUUGCUGAUGUCUUUCUGCCUUAACAUUGUGCUAGCCCGCUAAUGUUUGACUCCCAACCAGCUAACUAUCAGAACUCCCAUUUUGAAGAGGCUUCUGGGUCACACUUGUUGAAUUGAUUUCUACUAGACUUACUUUUAAACCCCAUGGCAACAAAGGUGGAAUUUCUUUUUGUCAUGAUUGUAAUCAAAUGUCUUAUGUAUCCCAGUUCUUGUCACUAUACUAGUAAUGUGUAAAACAUCCAUGGCAGACAUCAUACAUGAGGCAGCUGAAUGACUAUUAAAGAAUACAGCAUCUGUUAUAAAAACCCACUCUGUUCCUUCAAUUUUGGGUCCAUGCCAAAUCUGGGUUCCCCUCCUAUAAAAGAAUCAGUUCUAUUUAAAUGUCAAGCAGCAGUCCUGUACAUAAUGGAUAACUCACACCUCUACCAGAUGGAUAAGCAUCCGCAAUGAAAAGCUAAAGAGGACCUGGAAUGUUGCUCCUUAAGCACAUCUACAGCUUCUGGGGAUUGAUCACUUCUCCUGUUCUGCCAUCCUCAUGGCCUACCUUGGAGCUGAGCUCAAGCCGUCAUUACAUCCCCAUUCAGCCAGGCUAGUGGGAGUUUUUGCACUACUGGAGCGGUCCUCACUUUCACCCUUUCCUUUUCAAAGUUUUAUCUGUACACAUUUGUUGGCCCUACUCACCCUAAAUGGGAAUCCUUGACCACUCUGUAUAACAGAGGCUGACAGCCACAGUGGCCUCAGGCCCAAACCUUUCCUGUUGUCGGCGUCAUGCUGACAAUCCAGAAAAAAACAGGGAGGUUUGUGAGAGACCCCUGCAUGGGAGGGUUUGGAGGGCUGUGUAGCACUUAUCGUCUUCUCGUAAUCAUCAUCAUUACUUUUCAGAUCUGGGGCCCUCCAAAUUGUUUUUCCUCCUCUUCUUAACCUUGCUGUUUCCCCACGGGUUUGGCCAAGAAUCCCUGACACCAAACAGGUUCCGGGCCUCUCCACCUUGUGAGACAAGGCUGGCUAUAACCGCCUUUCAGAGAGGCGCCACCGAUUGAAUGUGAACAGCAAAGCAGUAGAGACGAGAUCGAGAGAUUUGAAGACGCAAGGAAGCUAAAGAAAACAAAAUGCCGUUAUUAACUUGGAUUAAAGUGGGAAUUGUGGAUGGGGAAAUGUUGGAUAUGCAAUGUCCCCCCCAAUUUAGGUGCCCCAACCUCUUCUCCCACACCAGCCGAGGACCCAAAAUGAGCCCCCGCCCCCACCUCCUCCUCUCAGUUCCAGUUGAAAAUUUUAAUACUAUGGGGGUCGGAAAAGAUAUCCCACAUUCCAGAGAUUGAGGUUUGGAUCACCUCUUUGUUAAACAACUGAAAGAGGAGUGUAAGAAAUCUGAUGUCCUUUUGUUGAGCUGACAUGGUUUUUGUGUGUCACUGAGGGGGUUAAAUGCUGCUUUUCCUUAUGGGACAAAAUAAAAUCUGAAAUGAUAUGAAUCCAUAAAACAAAAUUAAAAAAGAGAGGACUUUAAAAAAAAAGACUCCUAAACAGAAUUAUUGGAGAUUUUCUUUUUCCUUGUUUUUGUAUAUUUCUUUGUAUUUUGAUGCUUUAACUGCUCCGUGUAAAAGAGAGAGGAAAAAGAAAAUGGCUGUAGUCACUUUUUGACCAUGUGUGCAGUGUAACGUUGGAGAAAUUUCACUUCUUUUGCCCACAUCUGUCUUUUGUGUUGAGAAGCCAACUGAUGUGUUUUGUCUAGUGUCUCUCCAAUUGUCUGUCCUCUUUUAUCAGAGGAGGAACUUAGAACCAACAAAACAGGAGUUGCUUUUUUUUUAUAUUCUUAUAUAUAUUUCUCUUUUUGUAAUGGAAUACAACAGAAAAUAAUGCAACCUAAAACUGAAAACUGAAAAAAACUGAAACACAAGCCUGUCAUACCUCACGCAACACAAAACUCAUAUGAACUUGGGAGGCAUCGUGUUUUGCAGGCACAUGUAAAAUUGCAGAGAUGCAUAUAGACUAAAAAGGAACAGAGAGUUACGUAUUGGGCCUGUGUGUACGCAUCCGUAUACAAGUUCAGCUCAAUAAAUUAGAUUAUUAUUGCAAAGUUAAUCGAUUUCAGUAAUUCAAUUCAAAAGAGAAAUCAUAUGUAAGACUUCCUGCACACGUUGAUAAAUUUCAAAUAUUUAUAUCUGAGUUAAUGUUUAUGAAUAUGGCUCGAAGCUAAAAAAAAACAAAAACACAUCCAUUUUUUCUGGAAAAAAAAAUGGGGGGGAGACCAUAACAUACCAAUAUGUUAUGGUCUACAGAAUCAUUUGGAAGACUACUGACUGGACAGCUGACAGUAUAGUCAUUGACAGGCUCUACAAGGAAGGUAAGCUACGAGAGAGUGCUGUAUUCAGACAUUUUAAUGGAAAAUUGAGUAGAAGGGAAAGAUGCACAAGUAAAAGGGAUAACUACAAAAUGAAAGUCAUGGACUGAGGCUGAAGCAGCUUAUUACUAUACUAUUAUUAUCAUACUUGGUCAGGGCUUUUUUUUGCAUGAAAUACAAAAAGAUUCAGCUCGUUAUUGGCAUAUUCACCAAUUCAGAUUUUUCUGUGGAAUGCAACUCCAAAUUAUUUGCAGAAAACCCGCCUAUUCACCUUUUUUUCACCUUUUUUUUACUGAAAAUGCAGCUUAGGAGCAAGGCUACUUGACGCUCUAUUGUCUGGUAUUUUCAAAGCAGCCAAUCCAGGAGUAGUAUUGAUUUAUCUUGCUGUUGUUUGGCUAUACCCUGAAGUACAGAGACAAGGUAGAAUUUAGAUAUUGGCUCCUGUGGUAGUGCUAAGACAGUUUCCACGGUGCGUAUUAUUGCAUAUUGAGGUAUAUUUGGUGUUUGGUAUAAAAUAGUCAGUUUCAGGAAUUUUUAAUAAGGACUUUUAAGUAUUUCAGGAUUUUAUCUAUUUGCGGGUGGUCGUGGCCCCUUACUGUUGACAUGACGGCUAAAAAACAAGAUUAGCUUCUCCAAAGUUCUCUAAAUUAUAUUCAAGCUUUGUCCCUCCACUGAACUUUCUAUUAUUAAGCUUGGUUGAAACACUAUUAGGAUCCAGUUUUUUUAACUAUAGUUUUUUGUUGCUCUUGCAGAAGAUGUCCGUCACUUUCUGCUGCUCAACUGUCAAGUCUGGAGUUUUCCAAAUAAUUGUGCUGAGCAUAACAUGGCCAUAAAAUAACAUCCUGUUUUAGUGAUAUAUUUUUCUAAGAAACAAAAUUUGGGGUUUUCAUUAAUUGUAGGCUAUAAUCAACCAACUGUCACUGUAUGCAAUACAUCUAUAAAAUGAGUUUUACUUUGCAAACAGAAUUACUGAAAAGAAUUUACUUUUCUAUGAUAUUCUACAUUAUUGAGAUACGUCUGUUGGUUUUUCCUCAAGGUUUGGGGCCCUCUUAUUGAUUUGGAUCUCAGAUGAACCCACGGACAUGCUUUGCUAAAAUCACUCAGCACUUCUCUGACUCUGUUGUAGAUCAUGACUUAAAAAAAUGUGAACGGCCCAGAGACUGAGGGAUGUUUGCUUCUGUAAUGGCUGAUUGUUUUAUGGAACUGAAUGUAGCUGAAAGAGGGGGGCACUGGACCUUAACCUGGCACCCACAACCCAGCUUCCACUCACCAGCAGAGAGGAUAGUGGUGUCACACAGACAUUAGGGGGGGGAAAAAACUGAAAGGAUAUAUUGCCCGUUUGCAAGGUGCAAUACUCUGUACUUUUGUAUGUUUUCGGUUUGGAUUUAGUUUUUGUUUACUUUUUACUUUUUCAGGGGUGGGGAGGGGAAACAUGAUCAAUGAUGUAAAUACAAAACCAUACAAAAACACUCAAGAUUCAUUAUAAAAAGUCACCUUUACCGCUCCAUCCCAUUGUCAUGUAAGUGAAGACAACAAAAGAAGCGAAGAAAUGUGUAAUGCUUUUUACAACUUUUUAUGUGUGCACGCUGUCACAUGUGCAUGCAGGUCCAUAAUCAAAAGUGACCCUUGACAUUAAUCAUAACCCCCUGUGCCUCGUCUUGUUUGCAAAGAGAUAAAAAGCCUAUACCCUCUGUAGUCUCAUGACGACAUGAAGCGCUACAUGUGUGGCUGUGGGUUUUUGUGUGUGCGUGCUCAGAUAUUGUCCUUUAAAACUGAUGAUGCGAGUGGUGACAGCAGCUCAGUUAGCUGCAGGAAAGGAAAGAGGUACACUUGGACUCUUUGUCUAGCAUCUAUCUCAGCUAAUUCAGCUGCUAAGCACUUACAUUGUUGUCAUCAAAGUGUAAAAUGGAUCUGACCAUUUGUCCAAAGCAUCGUUGGGUUCCAAAAGCUAGCUUGGAAAUGUUGCAGCAUCAGCUUAUACUGGCCCCAGUUACACUAAUAUUUUAAAAUUCUAUUGGUUUAUGUAUGUGUGGUUCUGGGAGAAUUAUUAUUUUUUUCCCCAAAAUUGAAUGUCCAUUCUGCCCUUGAUACAUAAAAUGGCGUGUAAAUGGGGUCUUAGAUGAUGACCGCAGUUUGAACUUUCCAUUGUUUCAUUCAAGUGUAAAAUGUUUGCUCUGUUUUAACUACAGAUGCACCAAUCAGGCUUUUCCUGGCUGCUACUGAUAUCCUAUUCCCAGAUCUGUUUAUUUGCAUUGCACCAAUUCACAACAAAUCUCAUAUCGAGGAAGUUUGAAAACAAAAAGACCCAAUUUAUAUCUAGAAAUAUAAUCAGUUCAAUAUAAUCCAAUCAGAUGGACAGAUUGCAAUUCAAUGAAAUUGCAAUUCCAGUUCAAUCCUACUUAUAAUACAAUGCACUCAAGUUUAUAAUGGCAAUUGCUAAGAAAUUAUUUAAGGACCCACAGUUCUCUUGUAUCUGACACAAAAGGAAUUAUAAAAGUUACAACUUUUAUAAAAGUUAUGUUAUGGAUACUGACUGCUGUCAGUAUCCAUAACGUUGGUAUUCUUACCAUUGAUGGGUUAAGUAAAUACUGUAGGUCACAGGAAAACUGGCCGUUUGAUUGGUGCUUCUUCCAUCUGCAGACCACCUACUAAGCUCAAAGUGAGCUUUUUUAGGCUGAUUUUGAGAAACUUUAAAUCCAGCCCCAACUAAUUUUGAUCUAUUCUCACAUGUUGAUGCUUUGGACAAAGGUGAAGAUUGUCUCUAAUGUCAUUUGUUUCAUUUUGUUUUUUUUCUUAUUGGUUGUGUUUGGUUCCCUGCCCCUCCCCCUAUGCCAAAUAUAGAGUUUGUUGAGACAUGCAAACAGCAAGAUGUCUAUGCAAUCUCCCCUCCUAAAUCUUUUUCCCAAAAAAGAAAGACAAGCUCACUGUAACAAAGAGCCAGUCUGACUAAUUAAAAUCAAAUUUGACCCGGCUUGAAUUCCAGAGGCUCUUUGCAUGACCCAAGGACCCUUGCUGCUCUUGUGUGGGCACAUAUCCUGACUGCUCAGCGGCGCUGGCCUUACCGCCCAGCUUUUUUGGCCGGUCCAAAGGCGCAGGAGCUCUUUCCAGCAGUCCGUAUCCCACAGAAGUAGGCGGGGUUCAUUGGAAUGUUGUGGAAAACAAAGAUUCAGCGAGAUGUGUUGUUUUCUGUGAAUUGCUCAGAGUGUGAUGCGUGAGUCUAAGUGUACGCGUGCAUGCUUGGGUUCUGCUCAUGGUUCCUUAAUGGGAUCGGUGCAUCAAGAAACUUAGAUUUUAAAAUUAGGACCAGCAGCUAAAUUUAAUCCCGUUUGCUGCCUUUAUAUACUGUCACUUAGUCAAUGUAAUGUUAGUUCUUAGAUUUGUGCUUUAGCUUAUGUUUACUAAAACCUUAAUGCUUUUGAUUCUGAGUCAGUUUCUCUGACUCAGAAGAGAAACCGAGUCAGAGAAACUCAAACAUCUCAAAAAAUUUUCACUUUUUUGAGAUGAAGAUUCAAAAUCAACCUGAUUUAGCUUUACAUUAGCACUUAACUUAAAGAGCACUUUGAAUGGCCCAAACACGAUAAAAAGGGAAAAGUCUUUGUGGUAAUUCUCAAAAUGCACAUAUUUAUAAAUUGCAUAUAAAGUUAUGUAUAUUUAAAAAAAAUUUAACCCCAAAAAAGAAAGAAAAAGAAUAUUAAAAGAAUUAUUUAAAGUUUACUAUAAUUUAUAAUGACGUGCAAUAACUCAUUGAGUUUCACAUCUAACCAGAAAGUUCUUCACACAUUUGUGGGGAUUAAUGCACCUUUCCCUGAGAGCACCAGCAAGACCCAAUCAGCAUGCAUGCACACACAAACACAAAUUACUUUUUGUUACUGGGUAAAGAAAGUUAUUGAAGGAUUCUCUCAGGUAAAAAAAAAAAGAACAUUUUCUAAUAAAUGAUGGUGAACAUUAGAUCAGAAAUCCUUGUUAUUCGUCUUUUUGGCCUCCCAAUAUGCAGUUGUGCAUUGUGUCUGUUUUCUGUCCUGGAUGGGUUUCUAGAAGAAAAUUAAUUUUAACCAAGGUUACCAAACACUUAAGUUUCCAAGUUUAGACCCAGUGAAACUGAAUGACGCUCACCUGGUUUUGGUAGAUGGUUUACACCUCAAAGGGAGGGAAAUUUGUAUCGCAUGAGGAGGUGAGUGUUUUCAAUCCUUGUCGGGUUGGAGUUUGUGCUACUAUUGAAACCCACCUCUCUCAUAUCAGGUAAAAGGAAUAUCCAAAAAAUGUUAAAACAAUCUGGCCUUUUUUCUCUUUAUUGCUGAUCUUUCUUAUGUAUUUCAAAAUUUAAGAUAAAAAGAGUGUAAUUUUGCAGAAAAUUAUGAUUGGUUUGAAUAAUGACAUUCUCACUGCGAUGGAGUAUUGUGUUUUCUUUUUUUUUAUCUUUUCAUGCACGACACUUUAAGUUGACUAGGUUUAGGCUCUAAAAGUUAUCCAUGUAGAAAAAUAAAAGUUUUUAGAUUAUAUUUAUUUAUAAAUAAGGACAGAAAUAAAUAUAUUUUCUUAACUAUGUUAAUUUUCAGAUUAACCUUUACACUUUGUUUUAGUCAUUGUGUAUUAUAAUUUAGAUUUUACCCUGUACGUUAAAAACGCGGUGGAAAAUUUAUAGAUUUUUGAUUUAAAAAAAAAAAAUCUGUUAUAGGUCUCUAAAAAUAUCCUUUUACUCUGACUAAUGAUUACAUCUACCUUUUUUUUUUAAUAAACCUUACUUUUUUAGUUUUUUUGUAGUCACAGGGUUAUAUUUUCUGUUACGUGUUUCUAACAUGAUGCUUAACAUUUCCAGGUAAGUACAUGAUGCACUAUGCAGUAUCUCAAAUACUGGAUAGAUUUUGACUUUUCUCAAAACCAGGCUAUGCAAACUUGCUGUUUUUUCUUUACACUCGCUCCCUUUUAUAGUCAAAAUCUCUGCAGCCAUAAAUAACACUCCCUCGUGUUGAGGCUGGACGUACAGAAGCACAUGACUCCCAUCUAAAACCCAGCAUCAGUCUUCGUCAGUGUGGAGGUAAAGGAACCUGACCCAAUCCCCAACACACACACACAGACCCCACACACCCCUAUCUAACUGCUGACGACAUGAUGCUCUCAACUGGUGGGAAUAAAGAAAGGCCUUGCAUGUGUAAAACUGUGCAUGCCAAUGUCUCUGUGGGAGGAUUGAGUUGUGUGUAAGAAAAACUGUGUAAGCGCUUUGUUGUGACUGUCUCUCCAAUGGUGUAUCUUGGUUGACCUGCUUCACUUUUUCUUCAAAACCCAUCAAAAAGCACCUUUUAAGGCCUCGGUGAAUGUAGAAUAGACAUUUGUCCUGUCCCAGACCAGUAUUAUUCCCUCAGAUGUAUUCAUCACAGUGACAGGCAGACUUAUAUGAAGAAAAAGGUGGGAGGGAGGAGUGGCUUGGCAACCAUUCCUCAUCUUCUGCAAGAUUUCAAGGUAGAGAAAAAUGAAUUUCAAGAAAAUAACAGAAAAUAGAUACUUCAAAAGAGAAACUUCAGCAGCUUUAAUCAACAAAAGCUGUGUUACUACGGGAUAAGGGAGAUAACUGGCACAGAUGAAGAGUUUGGAUUUUUGUAAUCACUUCAAACGUUCACAUUAUUGAUUGCGUUAAUCGCCCUCAUCCCUCAUCAUUUUCCUACAAUUUGUUUCAUACUACGGCAGGUGAUUUAUUCUAAAAUCUGCACUUUUAUAAAAGGGAGGAUUUGAGGCUUUUCUGAAAGAAGAUUUAGGUGCUGCAUUGAAUCCACAAAACGGGCACAAAAAUAAGUUGAGAGUAUUAAAACUCAAAGUGAAAUUGUUUUAGUGGUGCUGAAUGUCACAAGAGUUUGCUGGCCAGUCAAACACAGUGAUAUUAUGAUCAUUAAAGCCUUAAACCUUUGGAAAUGUGAGCAGGUACCAAAUCUGGUAAUCUGCAUUUCCCAAAAGUUUGUGACCAGAAGGAAUCACUAUGUGUUCAAUAUCUUUUUUUUCUUUUGACUCAACUUUCCACUACAAUGUUCAGGAGCAGCUGUCAGUGGAAAGUCAGUUCCUUUAGCAAUGAGUUUUUGUAGUUUAGUGAUUAUAAAUGACUAUCAAGCCAGUGGUCCCAAUUCUUUUUAAAACUCAGAAAUCAUUAUUUCAGUAUCCAAAUUUUAUUUACUUUGUUUCAUAUGUAAUCUAAUUUUUAGAGAAGUGGAAUUUAUUUUAUUUUUACUAGCAUGAACCCAUAUAAACAUCAUGAUUUACAGAAAUAAGCCCUUGAAAUCUAUCACUCUGUGUGUGUAAAUCUACAUAAUCGCUUUUUGGACUCAAUUACUGAAAUAGAUUUGAUGAUAUAAAUUAUUGAUGUUGUAUUUAGAGCCGCUAACAUCGAUAUUGGUGGCUAUGACGUGGAUUAAAAAGCAUGAAAAUAGGAAAAAUCUGGUAGGGAAACGUUUUUGCUGCUCAGAUCAUCUGCAUAAAGAUUUAUAGUCGAAGGGUUUUAUGGAAAAGUAUAUGUAUAAAUGAGUGAAAGUGUGCAGAUUUUAGCUGAAAUUUUAGUAGUGGUUAGAAAUUAGAAAGGUGAGGUGUCGAGGAAAGAAAUUUGUUUUAGGAAAGAUAUACAAUGUACUGUAUGCCUUUUUUCUUCUUUUUUUUUAAUCUUCAGAUGAUUAACUGGCCUCAAAGGGUGCUUAUCGUUCUCUCAUUGUGGUUCAACCUGUUUCCUACUCCACCAAAUGCCCACAAUCACAUUACACCAUCCACUUACUUACAUGCACGAACCUACUGUGAAAUCAAAAGCAUUGCUCGCUUCUUGGCAACUUGCUGUAAAGGUGUUCACAUCUCUUAAACUUCAGCGUGUUUCACGUACACACAAGUAAAAUCCAGUGCAAUCAAGGCUAACCACUUAAACUGACAGAUCUGGGAGCAAUGUAUUUGCUCACUGCUGCAUGCACACAAAACUGCAUGUCUAUAUCAGAAACCUGGAGUGCACAAGUACAACAUGUCUUUUAUGCAGCAAUUGGUGUGAGGUAAUGCUUCUACUGAAUUCCGGUGGUGCUAUUUUUUUGCCAACAACUGAGUAAAUUGUGUCUUUAUUGAUUUAUUUAAGUGUUAUUACUAUGCAAUGAGUUUUCCUCUUUCAAAAUGAUGAUGCUAAUUUUAAGCUGUGUUUUUACAAAGCUGAAAAGUGGCACCCUUUGGGUUACAUUUUUUUCUCUGACUUAUUAUUUUUUACUAAAGGAUCUUGUUCAGACUGCUUACAGCAGUAACACAUUGCAAAUACUGACAGUUCUAAUUACAUUUUGCAAAGAAAACAACUUACAUUUACUCGUCAUGGCUGCACUUUGACUGCUGUGGCUGCUGGAGACGCUAUGAUGAGUUCUGCAGACUCGCGUGUAUCUUGUUUUGCAUAUCUGGAAAGUGCGAGAAACAAGACGUUAGAUGGAUUACUUAUUUAUACUGAUGCUUUACAGACCUAACAAACUGCGUUUAUUUUAUGCUCUUGGUGGACAAAAUCCAGAAAAUCAAGAAAAAAAUCUUGGUGCAAAAUAAAAUAAAGUUAAUAUAAAUUUGUCCUAUGAUAGCAUCUGAAAUUUUAUUUAUUUUUUGUUUGUCUUUUAAUUUGUCAGGUUGUAGCUUAAAAGAAUAACCUUGUCACUUUUUCAUUUUUGUUGUUUAAUCAGCCACCCUGAAAAUUAAGAUACAUAAAUUUUAAUGUACCUUUCUGAGCCUUUAUGCAGCACCAAACCUUGCCUCUGUGCCUCCUAGCUUCCUAGCCAUUUAUGAUGUGAAGAUGCAGUAAUUUAAUGAUGUUUUUACCAGAGAGCUUAGUGUCUCUGGAAAUAACAUCCAACCUUGUUUUGCUCUGUCUUGUGGCAGCCAGUUCGGCCACCCAUUGUCAGUGUUUGUGAAUUUUUGCCAGGUCUCAAGCGAACUGCCAAGUUGCUGUCUCUGUAGCAGUUUGUCAACCUGUCCUAAAGGAGGAAUCUGAUGACUUGCAUCCUGUGGAAUAACAUUUUUUCCUUAGAUAUAUGUUGCAUUAAAUGAAGGACUAAACUCUCAAGAUACAAAACAGCCAUUGAGGUUAACCUGAAAGCUUCAGAGUGUAGCAAAAAGGGGAGAAAAAAAAUCCAUGUAAAGAAUCUCUGAAAUUAAUGCAGGUGAAACAGUGUUUUAGUAAGAGGAUAAACUACAUACCCCCUGUUCCCAUUCUACAACUGGUGCUAGAGCUGGAUCUUACCUUACUUUACUGUGAAAAAUCAAUAAAACAUUUAAGAAGUGCUUUGGAUUUCCAAAGCCAGAUAACCAGCAUGGUGCCACAUCAUCAUAUUAUUUAAAGAUUCUCUGUACGUAAAUGUCUGAUCCUCCAUCUGUUGUAUUCUGAAUUUUUUGGAGGACCAUAGUACAAGAAGGCAGUUUAUCUACUAUGAUCAAGUGAUUUUUUUUACCAAGAACUUUGGUCCUCACUGUUAAGACACAAUGUUUGGAGCAGGAUUUACUACAGCAAUGAAGUGAUAAACAAAAUGCCAGCAGCGUUUCCAUGAACAGAUGUGAAAACAAUCUUUUCGGCGGUCAUCAGUGCAGAUCUAUGCAGCACAAAAAGCUAGAAAAUCAAACAUGAGGAACUUAUUUCACCCUUUUGCCAAUCUCCUCAGAAUGAAAAAUUGGAUUAGUUGUUGGUUUCUCAUUUCUGUUGAGUUGUCUUUGAGAUAGCACCAGUUUUUUCUGUCUGACAGUCUGUCCUUGUACCAGUGAAAACAGACCAGUCACAUUUAGGAAUCCAAUUACCGUACACCAAAUGAAAGCUCUUUAAGAUGGCAAUGGCAUAGCUCAGCUCUGAUUUGUAGUUUUAAAAGGUGCUAGGCAAUCAGAGGCACCGAUUUUUCCCAGUAAAAUAAAACAAAUAAAAAUAAAACAAUAAUAAUAAAAACAAAACAUAAGUGAGAACUUAAAGCUUCUUGAAUGUCUGACAGUUAUUUUGCUUCUGAUCUAUGCUAUAGUUUGAUUUAAAAUAUUUGUUGUACAUUUGUCACUGACUUCAACCUUGUUAUGCAGCAUAAUGUUAUUAUUUCUUCCUGUAGAUAGGGGUCAGUAAAGUCUGACCAGGUCUUUGUAAACUUCAAAACAGUGAGGCUCCUUCUAGUUUUUUCUCUAGACCGACAAAUUAGCUUCUUACUUUUGACACAGGAUUUGGUUAAAUCUACUGCUUCAAUCCCAACAGCAUAAACCCAACUUUUUAAAGAAUUAUGAAUAAUUCUGAUUUUUUCACACCUGCAUGAAGUCCAAAGCAUACUUCAGAGGCUGGACUCUGAAGUAUGCUUUUGUAAGGCUGUAAGACCAAAAUGACUUAACUCUGCUCUUGUUGUUGAGCAGAAUCUUAUUUGUUAUAAUAUAAAGGUUGUGGGCAGCAGUAGGAGAGCUCUAUGGGGUAUGGGACAUCUGUGACUCGGUUUGUAGAUCAGUCAUUCUGCAUUUGAAUAUUAGUGAAGUUGCUGUGAAAAGUCCUGGCUAGAAAGAACUUUGUUCUUGCAGCCUUGGGUAAAAACACAUUUCUCAGUUCUUGCAGUGCAUGUACUGGCCUUAGGAGGUCUCUGCAAACUUUGUUGGAGAUCAGAAUGAAUUUCAUGCUUCUUUCAAAAAAUAGAGUACAGCUUCGGGAAAAUAUAAAGCUAAUAUUCAAAUGGUUGACAACAUUUGAAGUAGCAUAUCAACAGCGUACUUGGAAUAUAUUGUUGAUGAAGGCAUUGAAAAGGCAUACUCCAUCUUCCCCGGACAGAAUUUGUAUGGUGGCUUUGGAAAUAAGCUCAAAAACUGGCUGCCUAUUGGAUUCUACAGAAGUUAUAUAAUAGCUCCAUAGUAAUAGCCUAUACAUUUGAUGGAGAACAAUGUUAAGUGAAAACCAGGAUCUGUAUGUUCUCUACCCAAGUUGUGGAAUUUGAAUUGAUUUUCUUAAUUCCACUUUAGGACCAACACAAAUAGGAUGCCUAACAGAUUUGACUAAUAUGGGUUUUAUCAUCAAACCUAAAAUAGGUCUCACAUAAGGGUAACCAUUGUAAGCCCCUGCCUUCAAAAUCAAUAUUGGACCCACAUACGCAAGUUGGCUGGGUCCAGAUUGCUUUCUUUCAAAAAUACAAUGUCUCCAUAUGCAAAACAUUUUUAGUCAGACAAAUUGCCAUGACAGAUACAAACCCUGCAAACUCUGCAUUUUAAACAAUGUAAUUAAACCUUAUUGGAGAAUUUCAGCCAGUAAGGGCAUGUUUGUAUACAUCACUGUCACAUAUAUAGUAUAUUUAUGCUAAACUAGUACAGGCCAUUUACCAUAUGGAAUGAAAUAAACAUCUUGUUUGAAAUUCCUACUCAUAUAAACCACUUUGCUUGCACUAUGCAAAAGGAUUGGAAGAGGAUGGGUUAAAGAGGCAGGAGCAGCAUGACCAUUAACUGUGGAAAUUUUAAAAAUAUGUUCUUCAGCCUGUUUUGCUCUGGUCUAUUACCAGAUCAUGGGUAUAUUUUUCCCUACUUAUCCUUCAUAAAUCCAGUAAAUUUACCUACAAUCUCUAGUCUGGCGUUUGUUUUAAUAUGUCCCAGACAAUAAGCAGUCUGAGCAUAUUUUUAGACCCAAUCGUUUUAAUUAUUUUCUUUGUUUGUGCUUCUCAGUUUUUGCUGGGAUCAACACAAAAGAACAAUAUUCAGAACCCAACCCCACAAAGUGCUGGGAUCAACAAAUAUCCACAAACAAACGCAGUCAAGCUUUAGUUAACCCUCUGAGCUGAACAUUUACAUGCCGUCCUGUCUCACUGACAAACCUCAAAAUAUCCACUGUGAUUUCCCACACCACCCACGCCUUCAUCGCACCAGCUCACCGGUUCCACCCACAAAACCCAAUUCUCCACCACUACCCGUGCUCCUCCUCCCAGAUUGAGUCCAGUGGGUGGUGUGAUGUCAGGUAAAUGUGGUGGACUGCUGAAAAGAGGUCCAGACAAUCAGUGUGCUUUGUAAACGUUAGUGUGAAGCUCUCACACCUUUAUGUUUGUUGUCAGGAUUUUAAAAGGAAGCUAUUUUUAUGCUAACUGUCGCUGGUUUAUUUUGCUCUCUAUUUACGUAAUUAUUGUGACUCAGAAUACAUCUGAAAUGUUCUUUGAUCUGUCAAAUCAUCAAUGACAGUUGGAAUGAACCAAUAAAAAAUCUUAAAAUAAA